AUGGUUUCCAAAGAGCAAAAGAGAGCAGCACUGCAUGAGCAGCUGCAACAUCUUCGUUCUCUUACUAACUCUCAUGCUCUAAACAAAACCUCGAUCAUUGUUGAUGCAUCGAAGUAUAUUGAAAAGUUAAAGCAAAAGGUAGAAAGACUGAAUCAAGAGAUAGUCUCUGCAGAAACUUCAAGUGUGCAUGACCCCUUGCCUAUGGUUACAGUAGAAACCUUAGAAAAGGGAUUUCUUAUAAAUGUUUUCUCUGCAAAAGGGUGUUCAGGUCUGCUUGUUUCCAUAUUGGAGGUCUUCGAAGAGAUGAGACUCACGGUACUGGAAGCUAGGGUUUCUUGUACAGACACUUUCCGAUUUCAAGCUGUUGGAGAGAAUGAAGAACAAGGAGAGAUCAUUGAUGCACAUACUGUCAAACAAGCUGUGGGACAAGCAAUAAAAAACUGGAGCAAAAGUGGCGAUCAAGAUUAA